AUUGAUAUUUUAUAUAUUUUGUUUCUAGCGUUGACUGUGAGAUUUCUUACCAAACGUUUCAUUGGCGAAUACGACUCUUCGCAAGGUAAUAGGCAUGCUUAACACCAGUUAGUCUGCAUCUAAGAAAGUCGCAGUAAAUGUUGCUCAGGAGCGUUUCACAGGUUUCCAUCUAAUCACCAGCUUCAUCGGCACGUCAUCGGGCCAUCCUGGUUCGUUCAGAUACUCAUUGCGAACAUUGACGUUUCAUCACUUUCAUGCGAGAAUAAAAUCAAUAAACAAUGCUCUUAUCAAAAUAGGCCAUGUUUUUAUCUGCGACUGUUCAGUGAGGUUUAGAUUUGACUUCCAUUACUACCAUACGUACCUUUUCUGACUAACUACGCAUGCUUAAUCAGGUUGAUUAAACGCAUGAGCUGAUUGGGCAAUGGGCCCUUGAUGCAUGUAACGGCAGUUUUAUACCAAAUCAUUUUUUUUUAAUUUGAUUGUUUUACUUGUUUUUAUAAAAAGAAACAUUAAAGUAAUAAACGACAAAUUUUGAAAUGCUAGCAAAACUACCAAAAGCAAUCACAUGAUUAGAAUAAUGCAAUCAGAUCAUGAGAUGUAUGUAAUCAGAAAAAGUUUUCAGCCAAGUAUCAAGCUACACAUUUUAUUCAACUGUUUGAUAUUUUUUAUUUAACUGUUUGUUUAUUAAACUUGUUGAGUUACCUGCUGACACACAACACACACACACACACACACACACACACACACACACACACACAAACAAACAACCCAGCCCAGGUGAAAUGUAACAUGGCGGAGGUAAAAUAAUGCGCCUGAAGUUAUGUUGAUGCUCACGAAAUCAGUUUGUAAAACAUGCGACAUUUUUCCUUAUCUAGAAUUCACGUAUACAUUUGAAACUUCAAUAGACAAUAACAAAGUAUCAAUGGAAAUACUUGACGCCACAUCACCGGUAAGUCAUAUUGUUUCUGAUUACCACAUAAGGUUAAAAAUAUUAUAAAAUUGGUACACGACGAAGUACUGAAUAUGAAGUUAAUAAACAUUUUAAAAUAUUAUCCAAAAUCAUUCUUUUACCAAUCUCGUACCCAGAGCCAUCGUUGAGUGGUACGAGGUUGGUCUUUUACUAGGUGAUGAUCAUUCGCACAAAUACACUUUUCUAACAAUGACGUCAAACGCGGAAACCCAAUUUAUCUGAUAUCCCACAGGACAAUGCAAGAUUGCAAGUCGUUGGCGAGUCAAUACAUUUCAUGAAAUGCAUUGCGAAUGAAUUGUUGCUAAAAAUUGUCCCUUGGGACAUCGCAUCAAGUGUUUUUCCGCGUUUGACGCCAUUAUAAGAAGGUCUAUAAAUUAUAGGUUGCGUCCUUUAAGAGGUCGCAUCAGGAAUCCCCAAACAAAGGUCCCCGACAGGGGCCUAACGGUUUUUACAGGCAAUACAAUUUCUUCCAUCUGUUCAACCAUAGCCUAUCGAAGGGAAGAUGGCUGUGAAACUCAUUAGAAUAACAAUAUAACUCAUUAUCUAUGUUGGUCAACGUUUAUUCAUAAAUUUGGUCCUUCGCCGUCAUGUGUGUAUUGUACUUUUGCCCAACUGACCAAUAGGAAUGUUUUAGGAAAAUCACCUACCCGUGACUCGAACAAUAGGGAAACUGGAAAUCGCUAUUGGUGGAUUUGGUAAAAAUACAAUACACACGCGACGGUGAAAGGACCAGAUUUAUGAAUAAACGUUGACUAACAUAGAUAAUGAGUUGUAUUGUUAUUCUAAUGAGUUUCACAGCCAUCUUCCCUUCGAUAGGCUAUGGUUCAACGCGAGGGGUUUGGAAACAUGCUACCCCGAGAAAUGUUUUUUUUGAGUCUCGGAAAUAUUCUCUGCAUUUAAGGGUACUUUGCGUCAAGAAUACAAUAAUUGUCUUACUAUACAACACUAGAUGCACUACAAAACACACUUGUUACAAAACAUAGUUUCUUCCCCAACUGUGGAGGAAGGUGGCGUUUCCAACAAGGGGAUUGUAUUCCCAAUGAACCUCACCACACACCACACCCCCCUCACAGAGUAAAAAAUAAACUACGAUGUUCACAUGAGUUCGCUCAUGAAGCGCUCCUCUUUCAAGGUCGUUUUCCACUAGGCGGAAUUUUCGGCGCGGAUCUAUUCAACCUAUUCUUCAAUAAUAAGCUUAUAUAAAUAGCCUUGAAAAAGUCUGUGUUAAAAACCAAAACGUUUUGUAGGAAUCAAUCUCCGUCCGCCAAAAGAUUUAUGGUAGGCAUGCACUAAUCAUUACAGUGCCGGUAACUCUUUGCAUAAUUAGAUCUGUAACAAUAUACCUGAUCGUACAUUGAUGUGAUUAUUUAGACAUGUUUUCGCUAUUCUUGUUAAUAUUUUUGCCAAUCACAACCAGAGCCGGCGAAACAGGGCGCCUAUAGCUGCGAUAUAGCUACUCCAGAAGUAAAAAUGGGAGGCUAUAUAUAACCCCUGUCCCCCAAAAAGAUCAGAGUUUGAGAAUUUAAUAUGAAGGUGUCAGAUUCUUCCCGGUCUGAAAUGCAAAAUGAACAAAGUGACCUGGUUCCCGUUAUAUAGUUAAAUUUCCCCCAGAACGCAGUAAAUGCCAUUUCAAAGAGAGACUCCAGCCAUUUCCAACAUUUUCCAUGCCGUGAAGCAUGCAGUAAACACGAAGCUCUAGGAAGAUGUUCUGUGACUGGUUGACUACGACAAUGACAAAAGACGUAAUUGGCUUACAUAAACAAAGGAAUAUUGUUCUUGCUUCGUUCUUUAGAAAAUCCGUUCUAUAGCUUAUUCUUUUGUCAUUGUCAUAAUCAACCAAUCACAGAACAUCUUCCUAGAGCUUCGUGCCGACCCGAAGCAUGCACUGGGACCCCCUAGUAUUUGUCCGCCACCAGUGGACAAAACCUUUCGACCAAUUUUAUUUCUUUCUACCGCAGCCAGACAAGUUAACGGAGAAAGUGUUAUGGGCGGAUGGUUUUCUUCUCGUUUAUUCUAUAACGGACGUGAACAGUUUCAAUGAUGUAAUUAACUUGAAACACGAAAUAGUUGCUAUGAGAUCAAACUACAGACCCGCCAUAUUUAUAGUUGGAAACAAGAGUGAUCUAACCUGUGAGCGUUGUGUGUCUAAGGAAUUUGCUUUACAAAUUGUACAAGAAUUGAAUUGCCCGCUUUACGAGUGUUCGGCUUCAGAAAAUUAUGAAGACAUUUUGCAAGUGUUUCAUGAACUAUAUAAUGAGACAAUCAAGAAAAAGAAAGAAAGGAGACUAUCAAUUUCACCAAGACCACUGAGGAAAGCUUUUAACAAAGUUUUUGGUAGCAAGACACCAAUGUAGAAUUAUACUUAAUAUGCACGAAGUUGCCAUGUUUACUUGACUUGUUGGAAGCUGUAAGGAUAUACUUCAUUUUGAUCGAAAACUUAUUUACUUCGAAUUGGAUUCAAACCAGUACACUCAUACAUUCGUCUUUCAAGAACACGAUUAAAAGUAGCAACCGCUUUCCCAACCUCGUACCCAGGCUAUUUUUUCUCAUACUCUGGUGCAUUCUCGUACCCAGAGCCUUUCUUACUCGCGUUCGACCGAGCGCGACGAGGGGCUCUGGCCAAAACCAUAUCCGAACUGGCAUCUGAUUGGCUAGUUCUAAUACCAGAUAUUGUUUUCUUACCAUGUUUUUAUGGUAUCCGGUUAUGGAUUUGGCCAGAGCCCCUCGUCGCGCUCGGUCGAACGCGCGUAAGAAGGGCUCUGGGUACGAAAAUGACUCUGGUGCCACGGAGAGACCCUAGGUGCGAGGAUGCUGCUUUCCUUCAUUUACCGAGCCUUUUUUUGGAUCGGUGCGCAGCUGUUUUAAAAUCCUCCUCCAAUUGGACUGCGAUUUUCUAAAGAACGAAGCAAUUUCAUUGUUCUGAACACAGAAGCAGCAAUUUGAAAUGGAGCCAAUGAAAAUCGCUGUUUAAAAAAAAUACGUUGCAUAUGGGGGGUAAAUCAUAAGUUAAUAGAUACAAGCAAAUGAAAAUAUUUUUUAUAACACCUUUAGUCUUCACCUAGAACAAACGAUAAGAAUGUUCCAAGUUAGUUCAGUAAAGUUCAGUCAGGGUGACAUUUGAAGUUCACAGAAACGAGGUUUGCAAUAUCUUUCCUCUCGCCUCAGUUAAGAUGCAGUUUAUGUAACCAGAAUACAAAAAGGAAGAAUAGUUAAUACAACUCAUCAUCUAUGUUUUUUUUCUCCAGGUUUAUUAAAAAAAUCUGGUCCUUCGUAGUCACGUGCGUAUUGCAUUAAACAUUGCUAUUGGUUGAUGUGGCUAAAAUACAAUACACACGUGACGACGAAGGACCAGAUUUUCGCAUAAACCUAGACUAACAUAGUUAAUGAGUUGUAUUGUAAUUCCACCGAGUUUCCAAACCAUGCAUUCUAUGAACUAUAUAUGUUGGAAGGUAAUUUUCACAUUCGUGUAACUAUUGCAUAGGAAACUGGUUACGUAAUUCCAAUCGAUUAAAUUUAUUUAUAGAUUUAAAGUUUGCUUUGGUAAUGAGGAUUUCCCUAAGUAUUUAUGCUCGUGUUUUCUAUUUCCUGCAUUUUGUUUUACAUAUUUGUCACAAUUGACUACUGUAUAAAACCGCUCAGUAAAUGAUUGAGUUAAUUAGCAGACUUAUAAAGGUUGAUUUCCACUGUCGCGUUUUUCAUACGUACGUAUACGCAUGUAAAACUUUAAAUUCGUUUAAAUGUUACUUAUGAAAUAACCAAAUAAAUAAAG